AUGACCCACACUCAUCCUAAUAAAGUCACAUUUAUUGUUACACAACCCAACGGUUUUACAGCACGCUCAACUUUUUUUGAUAAGAUUGCACCGUCGGCAGAAAUAUGUUCUCUUGUUAGCUGUGGUAAAGAGAUUGAAUCAGGCUGCAUAUUAUCAACAUUCGAUUUUAAUGCUGAAAUGAUUCUGAACAUUGAUGAAAUAAAUGUCCUUGCAGGAGUGUUUCUUGAACUGAGUAUGGCUGGUUCAACUAGUGGAUUUAAAUUUUUGUCUUGUAUUAAACUUACUGUGAUGAGUCAAUUAUUAUUUGUUGGUAGUGGAGGUGGAAUUAUGUUGUCACCUGGAUAUGCUAUCAAUUCUAUGAGUGAGAGUUAUUUUAUUAGUAGCACAGGAGCAUUUAUUCAAGUCUUUAAUCUAUCAACUGGUAUUAAUAUUGGCAUGUAA